AUGUCUCUAACGGAAAAUGAAAUAGAUUGGCAAACACUUCAUAAUCAUAUACAUAAAUUAAUAUGUAGUGUCCAUCCAAAACAAGAGAUUAAACAGUCUUUAGAGUGUCUUUUUGAAAAGUUUCUACACACAUCUUCUAAGACUUCAAUUUAUACCUCUUAUCAAAAGGAAUGUUUCAACUUCAUAGAAAUUGAUACUUCUAUCAGAUAUGCUGUAAUGCAAUUUGCUCUUUUAUUAGAUUUAAACUUUAUCUGUGAACGUCUUUUCACCGUGCUGACAAAUGAUCAUUUAGACAAUGUUGAUUGGCUUCACAUCUUACAGCUUAUAUCUGUUAUAGUGACGUGUAUUAAAGGCGGUGUAACUGCUAUUAAAUCUUUGAUUCGUCAGCUACUGUCAACCUUGUUCAAUGGUUCAACUGUCAAGUUCAAUACCACUACUACUACUAAUAAUAAUACAAAUAAUGAAACCUUUGAAUUAGACUAUCUCCGUCUAUUAGAUGAUGUUUUCAAUAAUGAUGAUGAUGGUGAGGAGGAACAGGAAGAAAUAAAUGUUGAUGAAAGUAGAUCGACUGCUACUACUACUACUUCUUCUUCUAAUGUUGAUGCUUCAUCAUCUAUGAAAGAACAUGAUAGGCAACGUCUUACUGCUGCAAUUCUAUUGGCUCGUCAACUAUGCUCUGAAGAUAGUCGACUAACUGGUAUCACAUAUAGUCAAUGGUGGAAUGAAACCUUCUGCACCCCACUGCCUUCAUUAUCAUUGACAAACACAUCAUCUUCUACUGGCGUAGAGACGCAUUCAUCACCACAAUGUUAUUGUAUCCUUUCAUCUCGGCAUACAGUCUUUUAUUUCACUGACUUAUUGAUUGAUUUGUUACCAUGGGAAAAUGAUGUCAGGUUUCUUCAAGUACAGUUAAAUACAAAGCCGAAUUGGUUUAAUACAACAACAACAAGUAAGAAAUCAGUCAAUACUCGGGUGAAGCCAAGUUCUUCCUCUUGUUCUCCUUCUCCUGGAGAUAAUCAUUUAAAGAAUACUGGAUCAGUUGUUCCACAUGGGGACGAGGAGGAAGAGGGUGCUGAUGACGACAUUGGGAUGUUGUUGGUUCCAGUAGAUAUGCUUUCAGGAGAUAGUACUACUGCUACUAAUAAUAACAACAAUAAUAUUGAUUAUAUGGAAGCGUGUAUGAAUCGAUGGAAUGAUUACUGUGAAAUUGGUCGUGGAAGAUUGGCUGAAUUAAGGGAGCACUGUAAUUCAACAAGACGUGGUGGUGUACUGUUUGUAGAAAGUAAGGCAUUAAACCGUCAAGAGAAUUCACCUACUACUACUUCUACUACUACUACUACUACUACACCUACUCCAGGUUGGUGUGAUGUUCUCAACUGGUUAACUGAGAUUGCAACUGAAUGUACAGUCGAUAAUGCUGGUGAAGAAAUGUCAUCAUCUGCUUCUUCCUCUGCUUCUUGUCGUUUACUAUCAAAGGUGAAUGAAGCUAAUCUGUUUCGUCCACGUUGGCUUCGAUGUACCAUUAUUCCAGCUCUACUGCAUGCACCUGAAAUAGGAAAUCUGUCGUCAGAAUUAAGCGUAGCUCGUGAACAAUUAUUGACUACGAUACGUACCGCCGGCUUAUCACAUGUGUUAGACAAUUCUCCUCCUCCUCCUCCGCCUCCAGAGACUGGCAUCAAUAUGAAUCCACUAUCAUCAAAACGGACAAAUGUUUCAAAGAAACGUCUUGGCAGUACUGCCGGUGUGUCGAAAAAAGUAUCGAAUAAAAAAAGAAUUAAAAGCUGA